AUGUUCAGCAAAAGACGCCACUGCUUCCGAGGAAAAUUAUGGGGAUUGUGCGUUCUCCUCCCUUUCAUCAGUCCUCUCUCCUGCUUUUCAAAUUUCAGCCAAGCGAAAGAAAUCGUCUAUAAAAUAAAAGAGGGAUUACCCCAUGGAACCCUGAUAGGGGCCAUUGGAGCAGACUUACAGUUGGAUUUCUCUGUUGAUCCCCCUCUUUUAUUCAAUCUGGCAUUAAAGAAGAUCAGCCAACAGUAUGUGAACCUAAAUAACACCACGGGAGAACUCUACACAUCUGCCAGCCUAAUCGACAGAGAGACACUUUGUCAGGGGAUCAUGGACAGCCAGGAGUGCUCCCUGUCUCUGGAUGUGUUUAUCCUGCCCCAGCAGUACUUUCAGCUGGUGAAAGUGAAGAUCGUCGUGGAGGAUGUCAACGACAACGAGCCCAGCUUCCUCUCGGACGAGAUCCGGUUGUUUGUCCCAGAAAACGCGCCGGUGAACUCCAGGUUUUCGGUGGAGCAGUCAGCUGUGGACCCUGACUCGGGAGUUAAUGGUGUGCAGACCUACUGGCUGGUUAACGAUUAUGGGGUCUUCACUCUGGACGUGGAGGAGAAUGAGAGCGGUGAUCUCACCCCGAUCCUAAUUGUAAUGGGCCCCCUAGACCGCGAAACCAAGAGUGAGUAUGUGACCAACAUCAUUGCCGAGGACGGGGGAACGCCCCCGCUUUUAGGGACUGCCACCCUGAAAAUAUUUAUAACCGAUGUGAAUGACAACUGCCCACAGUUCACAGAGACUCAGAUUAACGUCACCCUGUAUGGGAACAGCACUAGAGGGUCACACCUGGCACGCCUUCACGCCUUCGAUCAUGACCUCGGCGAAAACGCUCAGAUAACGUACGUCUACAGCGAGAGGGUCACCAGGGACGCUAGGAGUCUGUUCAGUCUGGAUAAAGUCACCGGGGUCAUUAAACUUGCUGGCAAAAUAGACACAAACACAGCCAAAUUCUACAAGCUGACGGUGCUUGCCAAUGGACCGGGGUGCAUACCUGCAGUUGCUAUGGUGACAGUGCACAUCAUCAACACAGCCUCCAGUCCGCCAGCUGUCAUACCACGGUACAUCGCCAUGGAGAAGGAUGGCGUUGUGUCGCUGAAGGAGUCUGAGCCCCCAUCCUCCCCGAUUGCCUUUUUCACCAUCAAAAACGCCAAUCAAAGGCAAAAGGUUGACUGUUAUUUAGAGGGGGAUGGUCCUUUCCGUCUGUCACCUUACAAGCUCUUUACAAAUGAGUAUCUGCUGGAGACGAUAGAACCCCUGGACUAUGAGCAGCGGCAGGAAUACGAACUGACAGUGGUGGCAAAGAACACCCAUGGCCUGAUCAUAAAAACGUUCAUAAAAGUGCAGGUGAUUGACGAGAACGACAACGCCCCAAUUUUCAAGCAGUCUUUAGUGGAUUUGUUUGUUGAUGAAAACAAUCCCCCAAACACAUUCCUGACAAAACUACAUGCAACUGACCGAGACAGCGGACAUCGGGGGGAGGUUAUUUACCUGCUGGGGACUGACGCUCCGUCCAUUUUCGCUCUAGACCGAGUGACCGGUGUCCUGACCGUGUCCACGUCACUGGACCGCGAGGAGAAGGAAAAGUACAGGUUCACCGUCAGGGCUGUGGACCGCGGGUCCCCACGCAAGGAGACCGUCGCAACCGUGGUCAUAACAGUCCUGGACAAGAACGACAACAGCCCGCGCUUCAUCAACAAAGACUUCACCUUCUUCGUCCCAGAGAACUUCCCCGGGUUCGGGGAAAUAGGAGUGCUCUCCGUGACGGACGCGGACUCUGGAAAGAACGGCUGGGUGGCGCUGUCCAUCGUUAACGGCAGUGACAUUUUCGUGAUCGACACGGGGAAGGGGGCCUUGAGGGCCAAAACCCCUUUAGACAGGGAACAGCAGGGCACUUACUUUGUGUGGAUAGAGGCUGUCGAUGGAGGGGAGCCCGCACUCUCUUGCGUCACCAUGGUUACCAUUUUACUUCUGGAUGUCAAUGACAACCCCCCCAUUGUUUUGUUCCCGCAGUCUAAUCAGUCCUACUUGCUGGUCCUUCCUACCACCCUGCCAGGGACCUCAAUCACUGAGGUUUAUGCCGUGGACAGGGACACUGGCAUGAACGCCGUUAUUGCCUACAGCAUUAUCAAAAGGAAGGGUGGUGAGCCGGGGUCGUUUGAAAUUGAUCCAGACACAGGAAACAUCACCCUGAGAAAAGCGCUGAAUGACCGGGGCCUGUGUAGCCUGCUGGUCAAAGUCAGCGACCACGGUCAGCCAGAGCCCCUCCACUCUACGGUCAUGGUCAAUCUCUUUGUUAAUGAGACAGUCAGCAAUGAAAGCUACAUUCAGAGCCUGCUAAUGAAGGAGUCAGAAAUCGAGAUAGAGCAUUCUCUCGGUCGGUUGAUCGAGCGUCCUGGGAAGAAUGAGGUUUUCCCCUGUCGGCUGGCACUGAUAGCUCUUUCUGCAACCUGUUUGGGGUUGCUCCUGAUGGUGAUUGGGCUGACAGUAUACAUUUGCUGCAAGGUAAAAACUCACAAAAAGAAACCAAGGAGAUUAGAGGCAGAAAUUCCUUUAAAAACAAACAGUGACUCUCAGGCCAUGGACAAAAAAGUCAUGGAGAUCUCAAAUAUAUGA